CGCCCGAAAGUCAAAAAUCAAACCAUAUUAUAUUCAAUAUUUAUUUACAUUUAUUAAAUGAAUAUUUAAUUAUAUUUAUUAAAUGUUAAUAUAAAAAGUAGCAGAUAUUUUUAGAGUUCACACUUUAACUUCCUCAAUUAAUAUUAUUUUCUUCAUUCAUCCAUUUAUUCCAUUUUCUUCAUGUUCAUGGUAGAUCAUAGAUGGGUCAUAUGAAGCAAACCAGAAUGAAAAACAAGACAAGCUUAAGAUUAACCUUGUGUUUCCCUUGUUUCAGUUCAUCUAAUUCUGUUUCUGAUGAAGAAUACAAACCAAGUGCACCAAAUGUAGAAGGAUUUCGUGUAUUCUCUUACAAAGAGCUUAAGACUGCCACCAGUGACUUUAAGUCUUCUAAUAAAAUAGGCGAAGGCAGCUUUGGCUCUGUCUACAAGGGUCGUCUUGAAGAUGGAUCAACCGUGGCAGUAAAAGUCCUUUCAAUAGAACUCGAGUCACUUAAAGGAGAGCGAGAAUUCAUAUCAGAAAUAAUAGCAUUGGCUGAUAUCAAACAUGAAAACCUUAUCACUCUUAAAGGAUGUUGUAUAUCUGGUGCCAAUCGAUUUUUGAUCUAUGAUUACAUGGAGAAAAAUAGCUUGGCAUUGGCCUUCCUAGGAGGAUAUGAAAGUAGAAGAAAAUUUGAUUGGAAAAAGAGGAAAAACAUAGCAUUAGGAAUUGCAAGAGGGCUAGCGUUCUUGCACGAGGAAGUAAAGCCACACAUAAUGCACCGCGACAUUAAACCAGCUAACAUAUUGUUAGACGAAAAUUUCUCACCUAAGAUCGCGGAUUUUGGAUUGGCAAAGUUGUUCGUAAGUGACACUUCUCAUGUUAGUACUCGUGUGGCGGGAACUUUGGGAUAUCUUGCACCAGAAUAUGCAAUUACUGGUCAUUUAACACGAAAAUCAGACGUGUAUAGCUUUGGUGCGUUACUAUUACAAAUAGUUAGCGGACUCUCAGUGGUGGAAUUCGACAUAGAACAUGGGGAUACAUACCUAGUCGAUAAGGCAUGGAACGAGCACAAAGCUAACAACCUUCUACGACUAGCUGAUCCCUCACUAAAUGAAGAGUUCUUGAAAGAGGAAGUUGUCGAAGUAUUUAAGGUUGGCUUAUUAUGUGUGCAAGAGACAGCUUCACUUCGGCCUCAAAUGUCUGAAAUCGUGAAGAUGUUAUCGAAUGAAUCGAGUAUAAACGAAGUGUCGAUAACCAAACCCGGCCAUCUUCCUGAUCUAAAGACACUUAAGAUAGGCAACAGUGAUAAGUCCUCCUCAGAUAGUGCAUCCAGUAAAAGCUAUAUGUCACUUAUUACUACAACUAUGACAAAGUGAUCAAGUACAAAGGGGUUGGGGUAGUAGCCUAUACAUGAAAAUCUAAUUAAAUUUGUUUAACAAUUGUUAUUUUUUGAAUCGUUCUUAUUUAUUUUGUUGUUUAUUUUCAUCGUAGCCCAUUAAAUCUCGUGAGCUUCUUUUAUAUAUAUGAAUGUGUGAAGUUGAUGUAUAUAAUCACAUGAGCUUCUUAUAUACAUAUAUGAAGUAUGUCAUAAGUGUUAUUAGAUGUUAAUAAAAAAAUAUUUUUU